AUACCGCAGGUGCUUGCUUCGUUGACAACGUACAAGGUGAAGCAGACGGCAUUUGAAUCAAGUCGACUAACUGGCGAGUUAUGAAUGCCUAAGCUUACAAGACGUACUGCAUACAGUACACAAAAAUGUCAAAAGGAGAGAAGAGUAUAUGGGACCUGGUAGUAGAUCAGGCAAAUGGCAUCGAAAAAGAUGAAAGGCAACCAAAAGAUGAGGCCGCAGUUUUUGUCAUUGGGAGCAAGAACUCAGGCAAGACCUCCAUCAUUCUUCGCUUUUUAGACAGGGAUGAGACACCUAAACCCACAACUGCAUUGGAGUAUACAUAUGGAAGACGUGCAAGAGCAUCUAAUCUGGCCAAGGAUGUGGCCCACAUAUAUGAACUAGGGGGAGGAACCUGGCUCUCUAAGUUGAUGGCCAUUCCACUCAGUGCUGAUACCCUUAAGAACACAGCAUUGGUUAUGGUCCUAGAUUUGUCUCAACCUAAUGAGCUAUGGGCAACCUUAGAAUGUCUCUUAAAUGAAGCUCAGAGUAAAGUGAAGGUUGCAAUGAAUGAACUAAAAAACAAAAACCCAGAACUGGCACAGAAAAUGGAACAAGCUGCAUGGGAGAGAGUCGGAGAGGACCACCCGGAUAAAGAAUUACUAGAUCCAUUCCCCAUACCUUUGGCAAUUAUUGGAAGUAAAUACGACCUAUUUCAAGAGUUUGAGCCAGAAAAAAGGAAAACAAUUUGCAAAACAUUAAGAUUUGUAGCACAUUCUUAUGGAGCAACAUUAAUAUUUUUCAGCAGCAAACAAGAGACUUUGAUUCAGAGAACUAGAGCUUUAAUAAGCCAUUAUGUAUUUGGCACAAAUAUGAGUAAAACAGUCCAAGUGGAUCAAAACAAGCCUCUCUUGAUACCAGCUGGGCUGGAUGCUGCGAGUCAGAUUGGUAGUCCACCUCUCUCUGAUGAUGAACUAGGAGUAGGCAGUGCAAAAACUCCUUUAGAUCUUUGGAAGAGAGCUUAUUGUAGCAUGUUUCCACAAGAGAAUCUAAACACCCCUACUUCAGUUGAAGAUCCAGCAAAAGAUAUCCAGUAUGCAGAGCCAGCAAUUGAUUCAAUGAGAAAACAGAAAGAUGAGGAGUUGGAAAGAUACAGGAGAUUAUGUGAACGCAGAGCCAAAGAAGCUGAACAGCAGGCCAUGCUAAAUGAAGGAAUUGCUUACUAAGCCAUUAAUAUGUGAUUCUCUACAUCAUGGAAGGAAUUAAAUG